AUGUCAUCACCCUACGCCAACCUUCUCCCAACUUCCGGAGCAUGGAAACAACAGAUCACAGACUACCUCCAGGAAGAUGUACCGCUGUUUGACUUUGGUGCCUUUGUGGUGGGAAAUAAACCCGAGACCGCUCUGCUUUAUAUGAAACAAUCCGGUUUGAUUUCCGGGGUACCAUUUGCCGCUGAAGUGUUCAAACAAUGUGAACUUUCCGUCGAAUGGAAGUACCAUGAACAACAAUAUGUUUCAGAAGAAGAGCUUCUCAAACACGGUGGUAAGGUUGUUGUUGCCAAGGUUUCUGGCCCCGCCAACAAGAUUCUUCUUGCAGAAAGAACUGCUCUCAAUCUUUUAGCCAGAAGUUCCGGAAUUGCCACCCAACUGUACCGGACCAAGCAAUUGGCCGACAAGGCAGGUUACACUGGGUUGAUUGCCGGGACCAGAAAGACCACCCCAGGGCUUCGUCUCUUGGAAAAAUACUCCAUGCUUGUUGGUGGUGUCGAUACCCACAGAUACGAUCUUUCCUCAAUGGUGAUGCUUAAGGACAACCAUAUAACGUCCACUGGGAGCAUCACCAAGGCUGUCAAGAGUGCACGUUCCGUUUGUGGGUUUGCCGUCAAGGUUGAAGUUGAAGUCUCCACCGAACAAGAUGCCAAGGAGGCCAUUGACGCUGGUGCUGACGUGAUCAUGUUGGAUAACUUCUCUGGAGCUGAGCUCCAGGUUGUGGCCCAAUCUUUGAAACUGUUCUACAAGGACAAGAAACAUCUGUUCCUUCUUGAAUGUUCCGGAGGGUUGACCUUACAGAACUUGAGCACUUAUUUGUGUAAUGACAUCGACAUCUACCUGACCUCGUCUAUCCACCAAGGUACCGGAAUCAUUGAUUUCUCCUUGAAAAUAGAUAGUUAG